CGUGACGGUGACCGAUCGUGUGCUUUGGUCGUCAUUGCAGUGUUUGGGUUGUAAUUGAAAAAAAAAAAAAAAAUUAAAAAUAACACUUACUUAAUCGUUUUCCACACGCCGUCCAACCGUUCCAACGUCUGCUGCCUGGUCCACUGUCAUGUCAACUCCUCGAACGGCUUGCCGGUGAUUUCGACACCUCUCCGGGUAAAGUUGGUGGCGUUCAAAUCGUAAUGGCUAUGGUUAGCUGUUGAUCGACCGAUGGCCAACAUGGAAUACACUUGGACUCUUUUGUCCAACUCGGACGACCAGGGACUCGGCAACGACUCCAAUCUGCUGAACUGUAACGUCCAGGAUUCACACCCAGGCCAAAUCCUAAUACUGUCAAACGAGCCGAACGCCCAGCCCAUGCCGAGCCCUUCCAUCAGCGACAUGCCUAAUCCUCUGGACAAAGAUUACGGGACGACCCGGAUGCACAACGCCGAGCCGAGGAAGCUCCAUCUCAUGCACAGCAGAAGCGAUUUUGUCGGUGGCAUAGACCACGAAGCGUUGGAUUUCAGUCAUUUGACAGACGAGUUCAUUCAAAACAACAACGCCGAAGCCAACCAAUUUUUUCACGAAUCCGUCGAUCAAAGCGACCACGUGAUGGUCAGAAUAAACAAUCCGUACCAGCAACCACCUCAACUGUUUUUAAAAAACACAUCGUCCAUUCCACCGGUCGUGGAAUUGCCGUUCGACGGCACCACCGUGUUACCAAUUACCGGUUUAUCCAACAAACCUGCCAAAGACCAUAAACCGCAAGCUACUACUUAUGCUACUAACAGACACAGUUUACCGGAAAGCCCGCCUGACUCCGAGCCUCCUUAUUCUCCAGCCGACGGCGUCGGACAGUCGCCACAUCGUAAGACACCGAAUUUGCAGUGCCUCAUGUCGUCAAAUACCAAAUCUCAACUGUCCAUGAACUCUGUACCGCCCGCCGGACUUUACCAGAAGCAGCAACCGAUCGUCAAUAAACUACCUCAUCCGCUUUCGGUCCAACCGAUGCUGAUAAAUCAACCAGGAACUUCGUCGCAUGUCACUCAUCUAGGUUUCGACCAGAUGCCUUCCAGCGCAAGAGACGUUGAAAUUCAAGACGUUGAGUAUGCCGACCUGAUAGGUAACGCCGAGAAAAAACGAAAGUUGUGUCCCGACGCCGGCAGUUCGGUUCGGGUGAAAAAAGAAUCUGAAUCCGGCGGCAAAAAAGUCAUUACCCACGUGUCGCCUUCGGGUCGGUCGGUGUGCAGCGAAGACAGUUACACUUACCAAGAUAGCUGCGAGUCAGGAUUGUACGCGGACACCAGUUUCCAGUGCAUACGUUUCCAGCCGUUCCAGGAGUCUUCGUGGAACAUCCUUUGCGACCACUCCUUGAAGGAACUGCCAAUGCCACAUUACAGAGUGGACGCGGACAAAGGUUUUAACUUUUCCAACAUUGACGACGCGUUUGUGUGCCAGAAGAAAAAUCAUUUCCAAAUUACAUGUCACACGCAGCUCCAAGGCGACGCGCAGUUUGUGAGGACCGCCGAAGGCAUACACAAGGUGGGCAGUUUUCAGUUGCACUUUUACGGUGUCAAAGUCGAAUCGCCCAGUCAGACCAUCAAAGUGGAACAGUCUCAGAGCGACCGGAGCAAGAAAGCGUUUCACCCAGUCUUGUUGGAUUUGCGCGAGGAACAGGUGUCCAAAGUGACGGUGGGCCGGUUACAUUUUAGCGAGACCACGUGCAACAACAUGCGGAAAAAAGGCAAACCCAAUCCGGACCAGCGGUACUUUUACCUGGUGGUCGGCCUGCACGCGCACUGCAUCAACGACCAUGACUAUCCGAUCAUUUCGUACGCUUCCGAAAGGAUAAUUGUCAGGGUAAUCCAAGCUUCGAAUCCUGGCCAGUUCGAGAGUGACGCCGAACUCUGUUGGCAACGCGGCACAACUCCCGAAUCGAUAGUGCACACUGGCAAAGUUGGCAUCAACACUGAUCGGCCGGAUGAGUCUUUGGUCAUACACGGCAAUGUCAAGCUCACCGGACACAUAAUCCAACCGUCGGACGUCAGGAUCAAACAGGACAUACAAAGAUGCGAUACAAGCGAACAGCUUAAGAACGUGCAAAAGAUCAACGUCGUGCAGUUCAGUUACAAGCCGGAGUUUUCGUCCAUGUUUGGACUAUCUUUGGAACAAGACACCGGGAUCAUUGCCCAAGAAGUCCAAGCCGUUUUGCCGGAAGCAGUGACUAACACCGGAGAAGUAUCGCUAUCCAACGGUGACGUGUACGACGAUUUCCUCGUCGUUAACAAAGAUCGGAUAUUUAUGGAGAACGUGGGUGCCGUAAAAGAGCUGAGCAAGAUCACCAGUCAUCUGGAAGCUAGGAUAUGCAAGCUGGAGCAAAACAACAAGCUGCGUUCUCCACCAAAAAAAAAAGUUGUCAUAGCAAUGUCGGAUUUGUCAGCUGCGAAAUGUUCGGAAAAGUUGAGCAACGCUUCCGGAGAAAACCCCGCAAAGGAUUUGACGAGCCACACGAGUAGCUACUGGUCAGACCUUUUCGUAAAAUUCGCCUUGGUAACUCUAAGUAUUGUUAUAGCCUGUUGCUUGAUAAGUAUUUUAUACUUGGUUUUCACGGAAAAUUAUUACAGCAAAAAUCCAACACCAAGUUCAAAGAAAAACGUUGUUUUAUCGAAACCUCCCGGAAUUAAACCUACACAGUCGAACGCGCACGCCCGAAUGGAAACCGUCAACGAAGUUCCGCCGGAAAUAGGUUGGUUUUUGGAUAAAGAAAAUCGGAUGGGUUGUCUGUUGCUCAAGCGGCCGGUGACCAAUAACGAGAGUUGUGAAUACACCAAAGUGAAAUCAAAGAUGACCAGUUUCGUCGAGAAACCAUCCGCGGAUGGGAAUGAAUUGGAAAAUUAUCUGAGCUUUAUCGUUACCGUCGAUCGGAUUCCAGACGUUACUUACAAAGACGUGAUGCUUGAAGUAUUUUUCGGCAACGGCACCGACUUCUCGCCGAUGACGGACAACGACACUAUGGAUCGAUGUGGGAAAACGGAACUUCAUCAAUGCAGCGACAAGUCCGAGUUCGUAUACGGUUUCCAAUUGCCGGCCACGAAAAGCCUUACAGAGUAUUUUAUCCGGGUGUCGUAUAGGUUGAGCAAAGGCAACUUGGACGGUUGCACUCCGUCCAUGGUGAUGAGCAUGUCCUGUCCGAAUAACCCUUACGCCAAUUUGGCUACUGUCAACGGCAGUCGUUGGACCCCGACCGCGACGUCACCCCAAUGGCCCACAGAUAAGUUUUCAGUGUCAGACAACGUGGAUUCGGUCGCAGUGAUCGUCCGAUACAAACCGUGGUCUUUGGACCGAAUACAGACAGCUUGCAAACAUCCGGCCGGCAAACAAACCGUGGCGCUAAUUGAAUACAACGUUUCUCUGCACAAAGUUUGUGACAACGCUUGAAAAUAUAAUAUUGAAGUAUGAAUGGACACUUAAACCACCGAAAAGCGUUGCAUUUUUUUUUUUUUUUUAGAUAAUACAUGAUAUACCUACGUUUUUUUGUAAAAUUAUUUUUUAGAUAGAAAAACCAAAAAUAUUUUUAAUAAUCUUAAUAGAUCUAGGCGAUAGAAUCGAGUUGUUAAAUCGAUUUUUCCUUUUUUUUCUAUUGUACUUAAUUUUUUAGUUUUCGAAAUUGCUGUGUAUAUUGUUUGCGUCCUUACAGACUUAUUAUGUAUAUUAAGGUUAUUAUUUUUCGUUGUUAUUUAUUGUUUUUACAAACCGCAAGUAGACCAAAUGUUCAGUUAUUUUAUUUAUAUUAUAUUACAAAAAAAAAAACAAUCCUAUCCAACACCCGAAGCACGUUUUUCUUCUUAUAUUUUUUCACAUUCAGAGAUUUACACAUAAAUUUACUUGGUAGAUGUAAAAAUAAUACAUAGGAAGUUACCCUGAAUGCAUAUUUUUAUUUUGUCUUCACUCUAUUUACUAUUAGAUUGAUACUAAUAUUAAUUUUAUUAUUGAACUUAUAUGAUUAAGUGUUCCCAGUGUUGGAAUAUCAUAGAAAAUGUAGAAAUAUAAUUAAUCGUAACAGUCGAAAAGUAUACCAUUG